AUGGCCAUCAUCACUGAAGUGACUCCUUCUCUGGUCGACGCCCCUGUCCAGCACGAACGUGGUCCGAGAAAUUCAACUCUCCGAAGACAGAUAGCGUUGAUGCUUCAAGAACAAGUGCCUUCAAAGCCACGUCAAGAAAUGCCUCCAAACGCAUCCAGCUUCUUUGUUUCCCAUUCAGAUACUAGGAUCUUUGAAUCUCAAGCUUAUCAACCUCCACUACCUCCGCAGUCGCCAUUGUCAUCAUACAUUCCAUUCCAUUUUCCUGCACCACCACUUCUACCUUCAACAUCAGCUUGUUCCAAACUCCCAGAUGAAGAGGCUUUUAUGUCCAAUCUGUUACCACCACUACCGCUGCCACCGCCACCACAGCCUCAAGUUCUGUCAAAAGCUGAGGCGUUUGGGAUCGACAACCUUCUAAACGAUUCGCCAAUAGUACGAACGCAGAUCGAGGAGCAGGGCGAUGAGGACGAGAGGACUUUGGUGCGAGGUGAUUCAGAACCAAGAAUCCCACCUCAAACUUCUAUCAUCUCGGAAGAACUCGCCGUUUGUGUGAAAGGCAUUCUACUCUCCAUAAUGACGUGGAUCAGUACCUUUCGACCGGAUCGACAGCUGCUGCGAACAUUCCUUCAGCCCACUACCUAUUCCUCAACUUUUCAACUGACUCCUCGUGAGAUCGCCCGUCUCAUGAGCACCUCGUGGCCAAGAGUCUUCAUCCUCGAGGCUAUAGAGGUCUUUCUGAAGGGUCAAGAUAGUAAAAAACUCAUUAGUUUCUUGGCCAAAUUAUGCAGCAAUGGAGAUGUCACCGGUUUUGAUGGAAUGUCUUGUCCGAUUCGCGGGGCUUUCUUGAAGGUAUUUGGCUGCUCAAUGGAAAACAUUGACCGUAUGAUCGAACGAAUGACCUUCGCUGCUGUCGAAGCGGCCAUUGAAGCCGCAGUGAAGCCUCCCUAA